CUCAAAGUCAUGUGAUUUGAUUUCUGAAUGGCAAGAAAGUGGUUGCUGGUAAACAUCUUGCUUUGAGAAGAAGUAUAGCACAAAGACAGUGUUCUCCAUUAUCACACGUCCAACAUGGCUUGGACAAAUUAUCAACUCUUUCUUGCGGGUCUCAUGCUCACAACAGGCUCUAUCAACACGCUAUCAGCAAAAUGGGCUGACAUGUUCUCCGCAAUGGGUUGCCAUGACUCCCCGGAACACUCAUUCUCUCACCCGUUUGUACAGGCCGUAGGGAUGUUCCUGGGGGAGCUCUGUUGUCUAGCUGCUUUCCACAUGCUUCUUUGUCAUGACAGACGGAGAGUAGAACCUAAGAUGAAUGCAGGCCAGAGGUUCAACCCCCUCCUGUUCCUCCCCCCUGCCCUCUGUGACAUGACCGCUACCUCCAUCAUGUAUGUCGCCCUGAACAUGACCAGCGCCUCCAGUUUCCAGAUGCUGCGCGGGGCGGUGAUCAUUUUCACGGGCCUGCUGUCUGUGGCCUUUCUAGGGCGCCGCCUUGUGGUCAGUCAGUGGGCCGGCAUCCUAAUCACCAUCCUGGGUCUGGUCGUGGUGGGCCUGGCGGACUUCAUGAGCGGUCACAAGGACGACUCGCGGAAACUCAGCGAGGUCAUCACCGGUGACCUCCUGAUCAUUAUGGCCCAGGUCAUCGCUGCCGUCCAGAUGGUCCUGGAAGAGAAGUUUGUCUACAAGCACGACGUUCAUCCUCUGCGGGCAGUGGGCACGGAAGGUUUCUUUGGUUUCAUUAUUCUAUCACUGCUCCUCAUCCCUUUCUUCUACAUCCCGGUGGGUAGCUUCAGCAACAACCCUCGCCACGUCCUUGAGGACGCCCUGGACGCCUUUUGCCAGAUUGGCAAAAAUCCCAUGAUAAUCCUGGCGUUGCUCGGCAACACUGUGUCCAUCGCGUUUUUCAAUUUCGCCGGCAUCUCGGUGACCAAGGAGAUCAGCGCCACCACGCGCAUGGUUCUGGACAGCCUGCGCACCGUGGUGAUCUGGGUGGCCAGUCUGGCCCUGGGCUGGGAGGAGUUCCACGGCCUUCAGGUGUUAGGCUUCAUCGUGUUGCUGGUGGGAGCGGCCUUGUACAAUAACCUCCACACCCACCUGCUGGCCAAGAUUCCGUCCUGUGCCCACCUGGUGAGGAACGACGAAGACGCCGCGGCGGAGAGGACGGGACUACUGGACGAAGGCAGGGUAGAGGAGCACAGCUGAUUGACUGGUCCAAAGACUGAGAUGAUACGAUGACCUUACAAUGUUUAAAACGUGUGUGAGAGUGUGUGAGAGUGUGUGAGAGUGUGUGAGAGUGAUGUUUCUCAAGUAAUUGUACAUGACAGUCUUUAAAACCCAUGUUGGUCUCUCCUGGUUGUCCAUUUCCGGUGAAUAAUCUUUAUGGCACCUUGAAAUGGCAGCGGUGGUGGCAGUCAUUUUAGGAAUCAAGAGGUUAAAGUAACUGUCCACAAAAAAAUGUAACUUUUUUUAAUUAGUUAAUACUCUGUUAACUCAUAACCAGAUAAAGUUGUUGACUCAUCUUGUACUUGUUCUUGUGGUUGGACAUUUUUCAAAUGUCUCAUUGUCCUUGAGGGGUUUGGUCUGGUUAAUUAGCUGUGUACAAAAGGAUGAGCUGGCCAAUCAGCCGUUUAACUGGAAUAUUCCAAAUAUAAUUCCAAAAUAGAGCUGCUUUUUAAUACUUAUUUACCAUUUUGUAAAAGGGAAACUGUUUAAUUUAUAAAUCUAUUCUCGUUCAUAUUUAAUAGAAACUUGAAAACCCCCAGGCAGUUUCUUUAAACAUUUUGUGGUUGCCGUAAUGUGGUGACUGAUUGUUUUUACAUUUGGCCAGUAUCAUUGGGAAUGGUGACUCUCGCAACAAAUGUUCGAAUUGGGAAUAGCUCAGGAUAACAGCCCCAUUUCCCAGGUAUGAAAUAAUGGACUUGGAGAACUUAGACAAUAUAUUGCAUGUGAAAUUGUUUUCCCGGUUUCAUGCUUUAAAAGUGGUUUUCCAUUAUUGCUCUAUACAUACUGCCCAAGACAACAGUCUGAAUGGUUGAAUACUUGUUGUAGGAAGACUGACAUUGUGCAACAGUAACAGUCAGAAUUACACUACUACUGAUAUCGAUGCAUUACCUCAAGAGUGCUAUGAGAUCAAUCUGGGAUACGAUCAUUCCUGUGUGAUUGCAACUGUUCUUGCCAUAUUCAUAUAUUCAUUGAAUAAUGAAGCUACUCCUAAAAUAGGUUUCUGAAGGAAAAAUAGGCAAGUCUAUUACUUAAGUGCUUCUUGGUACUUAUUUUCCUGUCAAUUGGAAGAGAUGAUGUUGUAUUGCUGGCAUUACCGGUAAGGCUAAGCGCUUAGACGAGACUGACUGUAUAAGCAGCCUGGCAAGCAGUCACUAUAUGAAACGGAUGUGUUUACAUUAUUAUUGUUUACAUUAUUAAACAUUAUUAAUGUUAAGUGUGCAGAUUCGCUAGUGAUUUGCAGUGCCAUGUGGACAACGUUGACUAGAUCUAAUGACCUUGGUUCAACAUGGAAAUGGGCAGGGUUUGCAGUUAAAUGUUUUUUUUGUA